AUGAGUUCACUGUCCUUCCAGAUCAACAAGGAACCGCUAUCUAACGAUAGGUAUGAUGAACCAGACGAUGAAAGUGCAAAAGAGUAUGAUGGUUUCAAUGCAGGUACUGCUAACGAAAUUAAAGAUCUAGCAAGAUCACUAGUGAAUGAACGAUCAAUUGGAGAUGAAGAUUAUGGAGAGGUGAAAUCGACUGCAAAUUUGGAACUUAUGCGCACUCUUACGAGCUUAUCAGACGUACCUGGCGCUAUCCCUAUGUCAAAGGAUGUCAUUGACCCAAGGUUAGACCCCAACUCUUCCGAAUUCGACUCCAAGUUCUGGGUAUUGAAUAUGAGAAAACUCAUGGACUCUGACGUAGACUUUUAUAGACCAGCUAAACUCGGGGUCGCUUACAAGAAUUUAAGAGCAUACGGAAUCGCAACAGAUUCUGAUUACCAGUCGACUUUUUCUAACUUUUUAUUGAAAUAUACUGAAAGAGGGUUACGAAAACUAUUCCGGUUCAGCCAAGGAACUUAUUUUGACAUCUUAAAACCCAUGGAAGGCAUUGUAAAGCCCGGUGAGUUAACCGUAGUGCUAGGUAGACCCGGCGCUGGAUGUUCAACUUUUUUGAAAACUAUUGCCAAUCAGACUUACGGUUUCAACGUCGACCCAAAAUCUAUAAUUUCCUAUGAUGGAAUCACCCCUAAGCAAAUUCAAAAGCACUUCAGGGGUGAUGUAACGUAUUGUGCAGAAACUGAGAAUCAUUUUCCACAAUUAAGUGUAGGGAUCACAUUGGAAUUUGUUGCAAGAAUGAAAACUCCAAAGAACAGACCACCAGGAGUUUCAAGAGAAAUGUAUGCCAAGCACAUGGCAGCCGUGGUCAUGGCAGCAUACGGCUUAUCUCACACUCGAAAUACAAAGGUAGGAAAUGAUUUCAUUAGAGGUGUUUCCGGAGGGGAAAGGAAGAGAGUGUCAAUUGCAGAAGUUGCUUUAGUUAGAUCGGCCCUACAAUGUUGGGAUAAUUCUACGAGAGGCUUGGAUUCAGCCACUGCAUUAGAAUUUCUUAAAGCGCUCAAAGUUUCUGCGACUGUAUUGCAAUCAACACCAUUGAUUGCAAUUUAUCAGUGUUCUCAAGAUUCAUACGAUUUGUUUGACAAAGUAAUUGUACUUUAUGAUGGAUAUCAAAUAUUCUUUGGAAACUCUAGAGUAGCAAAGCGGUAUUUUUUGGAAAUGGGUUAUGAAUGCCCUCAACGCCAAACAACUGCAGAUUUUUUAACAUCUUUGACCAACCCUGUGGAACGGAUUGUGAAGAAGGGCUAUGAAAAUAAAGUUCCCAGAACACCUCUUGAGUUUUAUGAGUAUUGGAAUAACUCACCUGAGAGACUUGAAGUAGCUAAAGAAGUGGAUGAGUACCUAUUAGCCGUGAAUGGAAAAGAAGCAAGCUCCCAUUUUGCUCAAGCUCAUAGAGCCAAGCAAUCCAAUAAUUUACGAAGAAAUUCACCUAUGACUGUUUCAUAUUUCAUGCAAGUGAAAUACAUCAUAUUUCGUAAUUUUAGAAGAAUAAAAGGUGACCCUUCCAUUACCAUCUUCAACGUCGUAGGGAACACAGUUAUGGGCUUGAUAUUGUCGUCUGUCUUCUACAACUUGCAACCCAAUACUCAAUCUUUCUACUCAAGAAGUGCAGGCCUAUUUUUUGCCGUGUUAUUUAAUGCAUUCGCUUCCAUGUUGGAAAUAUUUUCACUUUAUGAAGCUCGCCCCAUAGUCGAGAAACAUAAAAAGUAUGCAUUGUACCACCCUUCUGCAGAUGCCUUAGCGUCCAUUAUUACAGAAUUACCAGCAAAGAUUCUGGUAUGCAUAGCAUUUAAUUUAGUUUUAUACUUCAUGAUUAACUUCAGAAGAGAGCCCGGCCAUUUCUUCUUUUACUUAUUGAUAAACUUCUUUGCUACCCUAGCAAUGUCACACCUUUUCAGAACAAUAGGUGCGUCGUUUAAGACAUUGUCGCAGGCUAUGACUCCAGCGUCCAUCUUACUAUACUCACUUACCUUUUUUACUGGAUUUGUUAUUCCUACUCCCAAGAUGCAUGGUUGGUGCCGAUGGAUAAAUUAUAUUGACCCCGUAGCUUAUGCAUUUGAAGCACUUAUUUCAAAUGAAUUUCACGAACGUGAAUUUGAAUGUUCUGCAUUUGUUCCAACAGGUGGAAAUUAUACGAAUAUUGUAGGAGAUGAUAAUUAUAUUUGUCCUCAAGUUGGUGCGGUGUUGGGUAGUCACUAUGUUAAUGGUGAUGCUUAUAUAAACACUGCAUACGAGUAUUAUAAUAAAAACAAAUGGAGAAAUUUUGGGAUUUUACUAGCUUACACCAUUUUCUUUCUUAUAACAUAUAUUGUUACCUGUGAAUAUAACAAAGGUGCGAUGCAAAAAGGUGAAAUUUUAUUGUUCCAGAAGCGAGAACUAAAGAAGUUGAGACGCCAGGUUCGUAAACAAGACAUAGAGUCAAAUGGAGCUAAUUCGGGAAAGAUCUUAGUAGAAAAGGUUCUGCCCGAAAAUGAACUGACACCAAUAGAAGACUCAAAUUCAAGAUCUGAUUCAAGUUCAGUAAUUGGCUUGCCAAUUCAGUCAAAUAUUUUCCACUGGAGAAGUUUAACAUAUGAAGUAAAGAUUCAAAAGGAAAAUAGAGUUAUUCUUAACAAUAUCGACGGAUGGGUUAAGCCUGGUCAAGUCACUGCGUUGAUGGGUGCUUCUGGUGCUGGUAAGACUACCUUACUUAAUGCGUUAUCUGAGAGAUUGACGAGUGGAGAGAUCACUUCAGGUGUUCGUAUGGUCAACGGACACUCGACAGAUUCAUCUUUCCAAAGGUCAAUUGGGUACGUUCAGCAACAAGAUUUACAUUUAACGACAUCCACCGUUCGUGAAGCUCUUACGUUUUCUGCGUAUUUGCGUCAACCUAAAUCAGUAUCUAAGAAGGAAAAAGAUGCCUACGUUGACCAGAUUAUAGUGUUACUUGAAAUGGAAAAAUAUGCCAAUGCUGUAGUUGGUGUAACAGGAGAAGGAUUAAACGUCGAGCAACGUAAAAGAUUGACAAUCGGAGUUGAACUAGUCGCUAAGCCGAAGCUUUUAGUAUUUUUAGAUGAACCUACUUCUGGUCUAGAUUCACAAACUGCUUGGUCUAUCUGUAAAUUAAUCAGAAAGCUAGCAGAUCACGGACAAUCUAUUUUAUGUACAAUCCAUCAACCCUCGGCUAUACUACUUCAAGAGUUCGACAGAUUAUUGUUUCUUCAGAAAGGGGGUGAAACUGUGUACUUCGGAGAUUUAGGAAAAAACUGCCAAACUUUAAUUGAUUAUUUUGAAAAGUACGGGGGUCACCCAUGUCCGCCAGAGGCCAAUCCUGCUGAGUGGAUGCUCGAAGUAAUUGGUGCAGCACCUGGGUCUAAAGCAACACAAGAUUAUUUUGAAGUUUGGCGGAACUCAGAUGAGUACAUUCUUAUCAACAAAGAACUUGACAGAAUGGAACAGGAACUUAUCGAAAAGCCAGUUGAUGAUAAUCCAGAAAAUUUAAAAGAAUUUGCAACACCAUUCUGGUUCCAGUACCUUGUCGUCACUAAAAGAUUGUUUGAACAAUAUUGGCGAACACCUUCUUACACGUACUCAAAAAUUUUGUUAUCAGCUAUAACUGCGCUAUACAACGGAUUUGCGUUUUUCAAUGCUGAAAAGACUAUACAGGGUUUACAAAAUCAGAUGUUUUCUAUAUUCACAUUUCUUGUUGCUUUUAAUACCUUGGUUCAGCAAUAUUUGCCGCAGUUUGUUACCCAGAGAGACUUAUACGAAGUUCGAGAAAGGCCAUCCAAGACUUUCAGCUGGCAAACAUUCAUAGCGGCUCAAAUCACAGUUGAAAUUCCAUGGCAAAUUUUCGCUGGUACUUUAUCGUUUUUCUGUUGGUAUUAUCCUAUUGGAUUAUAUCGAAAUGGGAAAUUGACACACGAUGUUCACGAAAGAGGAGCCUUGAUGUGGCUCACGGCUGUAAUAUUUUAUGUGUAUGCCUCUACUAUGGGUCAAUUGUGUAUUUCAUUCAAUGAGCUUGCUGACAAUGCUGCAAAUUUGAGUUCCCUUUUGUUUACUAUGUGCUUAAUAUUUUGUGGUGUACUAUCUGCGGCUUCACCAUUGCCGGGAUUUUGGAUAUUUAUGUAUAGAAUCAAUCCAUUUACUUAUUGUGUUUCGGCAAUGUUAUCAAUUGGGCUCGCUAGAGCUGAAGUACAAUGCGAUCUGACUGAGUUAUCGAAAUUUUAUCCUACCGACGGUCAAACCUGUGGUGAGUACAUGAAGAAUUAUAUAGAUUUCGCAGGUGGGUAUUUGGUUGAUUCAAGUACUACAGGAAUUUGCCAAUAUUGCGCACUUAGCUCAACGGACACGUUCUUGAGUACCGUUCAUGCGUAUUAUGAUAAAAGAAAAAGAGAUAUUGGGAUAUUUUCUGCUUUCAUCUUUAUAAAUAUCGCAGGAACUAUAUUUUUUUAUUGGCUUACAAGAGUUCCAAAAGGAAGCAAGCAGAAGAUGAGAUAG